AUGUCCUCUGCAAACAAUAUCGCCUACACGGCUCUCAUCAAUCCAAACGGAUCAACCCCACUCUCGCACGAUCAAAUUUGGGCCGGUCUUCUCUUGAAGAUUCGUUCGGCAGAGACCUUCGUUCCAGCCGCUAUUUCGCACACAAAGGUCCUAAGCGAGUCAAUUGACCCUACCGGCAACCCAGUGACGGUGCGAGAAGUCUUCUUCCUGGAAUCAGGCAAGACAGUGCGAGAAACUGUCGUGGCUUAUGAGCCCACUCGCGUGGACUUCCAACAGGAUGGAGGAAAUAUUAGCAAUGUCAUUAGUGAAGGGGCGAAUGGGGAGCUGUAUAUGACAUACAUCUUCCAAUGGAAACAUGAUGGUGCUUCAAAGGAAGAACUGGAGGCGUUUUUGGUGAAGGAAAAGUCUAUGGCUCGAGUGGCGGUUGAAGGGACGAUACAGGCAUUGCAUCAUUUGGCAUUGGAAAAGAAGCUUUAG